GUUCAUUUUCGCGACAGUUCAGCUCAAUUGAGGAAGCGUCUACAAACAGCUAAGUUAACUAAACGAGCUAAGCGAAAUUGGUGCUUUCUCCUGUGAAGGAGUACAGCAAUAAAAAAGCAUCAUGUUGCCGACCACCUCGCCGAACAGCAACGGCGCCCUUAGUGCCAGGGACGCCGCACGCCACACGGCGGGAGCCAAACGCUACAAGUACCUGCGGCGGCUGCUCCAUUUCAGGCAGAUGGACUUUGAGUUUGCACUGUGGCAGAUGCUUUACUUAUUUACGUCACCACAGAGAGUCUACCGCAACUUUCACUACAGGAAACAGACCAAGGACCAGUGGGCCAGAGAUGAUCCUGCUUUUCUGGUCGUGCUCAGCAUCUGGCUGUGUGUAUCAACAAUAGGCUUUGGUCUGGUGCUGGACAUGGGAGUCCUAGAGACACUGAAGCUGCUACUUUGGGUGGUCUUUGUUGACUGCAUAGGAGUCGGUCUGCUCAUAUCAACCCUCAUGUGGGUGAUCACCAACAAGUACCUGCUAAAGCAUCCCAGCAGGAAUUUUGAUGUUGAGUGGGGCUACGCAUUUGAUGUUCACCUCAAUGCUUUCUACCCACUCCUAGUCAUCCUGCACUUCCUGCAGCUCUUUUUCAUCAAUCAUAUUGUGGUGAUAAACUCAGACUGGUUCCUGGGAUAUUUUGUAGGGAACACUUUGUGGCUGAUAGCCAUCGGUUAUUAUCUCUACAUCACCUUUUUGGGGUACAAUGCUCUGCCCUUCCUGCAGAACACAGUGGUGCUGCUCUACCCCUUCGCCUUGCUCGCCCUCAUCUACAUCCUCUCUGUCUCUCUGGGCUGGAACUUUACUCAAGGCCUCUGUUGGUUUUACAAGUACAGGGUCCAGUAGAACCAGUUUGUCUCUGAAGUCGGACACUCGUUGGCUCCAGGCCGACUCAAAAUCUGUUUUCAACUCACAUCUAGGUGACAGCAAAUCAGUUUCCUGCUGCCGUCAGUCAUCGUCCGGCUGAGAAAGACUUGGCCUCUGGUUGACUCUCAGUAAACUGGGUUACUGGGUUGGUUGACGCUGGUUGACUCUGUUGAUUUUCUGUUUGGCUCUUAUGUUGAGCUGGAGCUCCAAAGUCAGUGAACAGUGAUGUGUUUGGACAAGUUGCAGAAAACAAGAUGGGAUUACAGCUUUUAUUGUAGUUCUUUUUGUAUGAUUUGUAAAUAGUAUUGUGGCAGGUUGUAAUAUAUAUACACACACAGAGGAUUGUUUCUGAAGAGGAAAAAAAAUGCUUUGUUUCAAUAAGUUUUCUUGAAAAAGUGGAGGAACAUGGGAUUCACACGUUUUUUUCCUUUUAACUUUUUUCUUGAAGUGUACAUUCCAAAGCACUUUCAAUAAAAGGUUUUAUUAACUUAAGUUGUGAAAUAAAUCUGAUCUAUUCUCUCCUAAUGCUGGUCUAAUCUGCAUCGUUUCAACAUCCCAGCACCUUGCCUUAAAAGAUUUGCAUGUUUCUAGGGAUUGUAUUUAUUGUAUGGAUGUUUUUUUGCAGGAUUUUGUAGUAACAUGCUAAAAUCUCACAGUGGCACUAUUGACCCUC